AUGGGCGGCCUGAAUCUCGAAGUCUUCAAGUUCGGCAUGUACGUCAUGUUCCCCAUCGGCAUCAUGUACUACUUCGGCACGAACCUGGACGCGCGCUUCUCGGUGCCCGACUUCUGGCCCAAGCCCGAGCAGGCCAACAGCGUGCCGCUCGACCGCGACGAGAUCCACGCCGAGCUGCAGCGGCUGCGCGCGCGACGGCUUUAUUUGAGGGAUCGGAGGCUUGAGGACGAGGCGCGGAGGCCGCAACCACCACAGGCAACUAGGGGGGAGGAUGAUGGGGGCGAGUCUUGA